CAACACCAACCAGUAGACCAAAGCUAGCUCGAUCGGUGCAAGUUUCAGCUAGUUGGUCAACCUCCGAUAAUCCAGCCAAGUACCAAGCAUCCCUGUUCGUGUGAGCAGGAGUGCUUGCUGUUGAGUGUUGACUGCUUGCGACAUGGCCGGCAGGGACAGGGACCCGCUGGUGGUUGGUAGGGUGGUGGGCGAUGUGCUCGACCCCUUCGUCCGGACCACCAACCUCAGGGUCAGCUACGGCGCCAGGACCGUAUCCAACGGCUGUGAGCUCAGGCCGUCCAUGGUCGUGCACCAGCCAAGGGUCGAGGUCGGCGGACCCGACAUGCGGACAUUCUACACACUCGUGAUGGUCAACCCGGAUGCUCCAAGCCCAAGUGAUCCGAACCUUAGGGAGUAUUUGCACUGGCUGGUGAUUGAUAUUCCUGGCACUUCUGGAGCAGCAUUUGGGCAAGAGGUGAUGUGCUACGAGAGCCCUCGUCCGACCAUGGGGAUCCAGCGCUUCGUGCUGGUGCUGUUCCAGCAGCUGGUCCGGCAGACGGUGUACGCCCCCGGCUGGCGCCAGAACUUUAACACCAGGGACUUCGCCGAGCUCUACAACCUCGGCCCGCCGGUCGCCGCCGUCUACUUCAACUGCCAGCGGGAGGCCGGCUCCGGGGGAAGGAGGAUGUACCCCUAAACAGUCAUCGAAGCUAAUAAGAACUCAAGAUAAUUACGAUAUUAUUCUGUGUGUGGCUUGCUAUUCUAUAAGAAUUAAGCAGCAUUUAGCGACGUAUAUGUACACAUAUGAUUGUAACCAAUGAUCUAGCAGCAGCUAUGGGCGAUGAAGCCUAGCUUAGUACUAUAGUGCAAUAAACAGUUAGUACACACCAUUAGGGCCCGGAGCCACACCAAGCAUGCAUGCUAUGCGAUGCAUCGCUCUAUUAUUGCUUCUGGUCGCUUACUAUCACAUGAUUCACACCCAUGUGUAUCAUUUGCAUUGGAGACAACAGACAUGUAAAUGACAUACACUGCUACAACAAGAUGCAUGCCGCGCCAUGCAUGAACUUGAUGUAACAAGUCAUCAGUGUGGAAUAUAAUAAUGUAAAAUUAGCUAGC